ACGCAGGGAGGAGGAGGAGGAGGAGGUGGGGGUGAAGUAGGAGCAGAGGAGAGGAGAGGAGGAGCUGGGAAAGCACCAGAAGAGGCAGACGGAGCGCACAAAUGAGCAGAAAUAGACGGAGGAAGCAGCGGCAGCAAACACUCAGAGCAGGGUCUCAGAUAUCAGACAAUCUGCUGCUGACAUCAGGACCAGAACAGAACCGGAGCUCCAGGAACUUUACUCUCUGCCUGUCUGAGGUGGUACUGAGCAGCGGAGGCGCUUCUCUCCUCCAGGGUUCUGAAUCAGCUCUGAGCAGCAGCAGAGAGAGCAGCAUCGACACAUUAAAUCAGCUGCAGCGUGAAGCCAGGCGGAGUGGAUGCUGCCGAUUCCUCUGAGAGCAGCAGCCGGGCUUUCACUCAGGCUGGGUCCACAACAAGACGGGACGGGCUGAAGCUAAAUAUCUACUAAAGGAGAGUCAAACUGGACCAUCAGCAGGGCACACUGAGCGGGCCGCUGGGUUCUAAGCUGAUCCGUCUCCUUCGCUGAUGGACAGCAGGUGGACGCAACACCUCAUCCAACAUCAACACGGUUGGUGAGCAGAGUUACAGCUCCUGAAAGCUCUUCAUCGAGUCAAAUUGUCUUAAGAGUAAGAAUGAGAGACCAGCUGCAGUCUGACGUCUCCAUCUGAGGUUCUUAAAACAUUGAAUCAAGAUGAGAUGAACCACAGGACGCGAAGGAUGUGAACAGCUCUGAUUCUUUCUGAAGUUUGACAGACAUUUGCUGGAGGUUCACACCAUCCCGCUGGUGGUAUCAUGCUUGCUGCUGCUAGUUACAUCGGUUCCCUGCAGGGGGCGAUGUCGUCUCCAUGGUCUGUGGCCGUACUGAUGGUCUAUCUGCAGUUUAAUCCUGUCCGACCCGGCGCCUGCCCGUCCCGCUGCCUCUGCACCUCAGACAUCCUGAGCUGCUCGGACCAGGGUCUGGAUACGGUCCCGGGAGCCAUUCCCAUUUCUACGGUCACUCUGGACCUGAACCACAACCAGAUCCUGCAGCUGGAGGAGGACAGCUUCCAGGGUCUUCUUCAGCUGGAGGUGUUACGUUUAGCACACAACCGGCUGACCACAAUCCAUCCCGGAGCAUUCAGGAACUCCUCUGGAGGUCUACUCAGACACCUAGACCUGUCAAGCAAUCGGCUGCACGCCCUAAAGCAGGACUACUUCCAGGAUCUGCCUGGACUGGAGGAACUGCUGCUGUUUAAUAACCGGAUCAUGCUUGUGGAGAGCACAGCCUUGUCCGGACUCGAAAACCUCCAAAAGGCCUAUUUAAGUCACAACCGCCUCACCGACUUCCCUUUCUUCAGCAUCCAGGAGAGCAGCCAUCCCCAGCUGUCCCUGCUGGACCUGUCCUCCAACCGGCUGCCCAAGCUGCCUCUGGUGGACAUCUACAACCUGCCCACAUCUCUGCAGAAGGGACUCUAUCUGCACAACAACUCGCUGGUGUGCGACUGCUCCAUGUACUCCCUGUUCAGGUUGUGGGAAGAGAAAGACUUUGCCUCUGUCCGGUUCUUCAAACAAGAACAUGUCUGUCUGGUCCACGGCAUCCAACGAAGUGGGAUACGGUUCUUCCUGCACAGACGCUACUUUGAUAAAUGCAACCUGACAGCUGCGAUAGAGCAGGAGGCCGAUGUGGAGGUGAGGUCGGGGGCGCCGCUGCUGCUACACUGCAUCACAUCUCUGUCUGGGCGCAGCGUCACAUUUUUCUGGCUCGUUCCAAACCUGGAGUAUGUGGUUCCACCUGGGAACAAUAAAUCAAUCAAGAUGUUCACCAACGGCAGCCUGGAGGUCGUGGCAGCCCAAGUGGAGGAUGCAGGGAUCUACGUGUGCGUGGCUCAAAACGGCCAGCGGAAUGAGUCCAGGGAGGUUAACGUGACGGUGCUGCCGCGCCACGACGACGAGGCCGCAGAGCCGUUCAACACGGGCUUCACCACCCUGCUGGGCUGCGUAGUCAGCCUGCUGCUGGUCCUCAUCUACCUGUACCUCACACCCUGCCGCUGCCCCCCCUGCCUCAGGCCCCGCCCCCCGGUCACCGCCACCCUGAGUCAGAGCAAAGAGGGCGGGGCGGGCAGCGCCCAGUCCUCCAUCCUCACCCCGACCCCGCCGACCACCACGGAGGGCCCGGGUCGCAAGGCUGUGAGUCUCAGAAAUUAAAGAGACCAGAAGAUCCUGGAAGGAGGAAGGACAGCAGGCUAGUUGUCCAGCGGCAGAGCAGAGGACAGAGCGCCAACGUAAGAACCUGCAACAUGAUGGAGAGGAUGAGACAAGAAACUUUCAUUCCCUGUUCAUCAUCUUGAGAUCCUGCAGUCUCUGCAACAGACAUGGAACCUCCAGCAGGAUAGAAACUUCUCCGCUACUGACAAACAUUUAUAGUAUGUUUAAUGUCUGCAUGCUCUGAACCCGCCUGAUGCUUUGUGACGAGGGAACACCUCAGCAGAUACCAGGUUAGAGUUAUCUACAACCUUUCUACACCAUGUUAACAUCCCAGCUGAGCAGCUGAGGCAAGAAGAGGAAAGACAGAAGCAGUAAUGAAAUAUUGAUGAGACUUUUCUUCUGCUCGGAGCAAACCGAGGACAUUAAGACGGAUGAGGAGAACAUGGCUUUAACCCAGGGAACCUAAAGCGCACACCUAUGGUUUCACCAUCUGGUUCAGCAGGUUGGAUCAACUCAAUCAUCAUUUCUCUGACCUGCAGACAGGAAACAGGAAGUCCACAGAUAAUAAGCUCCACCUCAUUCUAUCUCACUCUGUAUAGACCUGACAGAGCUGCUGCGUUGUCACGGCAACCUGCAUGUAGACAUCCUUGAGUUCAAUCAGAGCUAAUGCUCUUCAGGGAUUGGUCACAGAAAACCUCCAAUCAGAGCAGAAAUGGCAGGUAAAAAAGUUCAGGCUGAUCUGUGAUUCAAUCCCAGAACAUUUCCCUCCUGAUCAUCCUCCAGCAGCAGCUUAGGAGAUGCUUUAAAGAUUUAAAGAGAGGCUGCUUAAUGUCUGAGGCAUAUGAGCUGGGAGAGAGUUCAGGAGAACAAUAACAGGACAUGAAGAGUGUCGUAAUUAAUGUGAGAGCGACAGCCCAGAACAAACAGUAGGAAUAUAAUCUCUGCUCGCUUUU